GUGCUCGGUUCUGUGCACGAGAAAGCAUUCAGAUUUUGACGCACCAAUUGUUCUGAUGCGGAGGGCUACUGAAAUGAUUUCCUGCACUCGUACCAAACGUUACGUCAUCGCCGUUGCACAUGAAUUAGCGAAGCCUUAUCGAACGUUGGAAACGUUGAGCGCGCUUUCGUGAGGCUCCGUGACUAACGAUGAGACCUAGAAAAAAGCUCGUUCGUUGAUUCCGCUCCUCCCGUUCAUGUGAUUGGUUCUAUUCAUUGCUAGCACGGAAGCGUUUCGCUUUCCUCGAGUUUUCGCGAAAUGUACUUACGCAAUAUAUGUGUCACGGAUGUUUACAAGGAUAACCAUGUCUAUGCAUGUCUUGAACUUGUGCGAACAACCUUCGUCCCAACCGGUUUUGAAAGUUUAACGCACGUGUCAUUCGGUGUGCUGAGCUACGCAGUAUAAGGAUGGCUCCAACGCAUCACGUUUGGCUACUUGUAGUGCUACACCUUCUGCGAACUGCAUUGUCCGCCCCCUCGUGCCAGAACAAAGACCGCUCCGAUUCGUGUACUGCCAAGUGCAACACCUACAAAUUUUACACGUGCGUUAACAUCUUUAAGGUGGGCGACUUUUACCAUUUCGCCAGGAGUGCCCUGCAUUAUGACCAUGUCUGGUUCGCCGUGAAAGACGGCGAACUUGACUAUUACCCCGCCGGAGUGUUCAUGGACUACAACGUGUCCGUGCUCGAAUUUGAUCGCGCCAAAGUGAAGAGCUACGCGCAGUUUGGCUCUGGGCCGAAUCCAUUUUGGGGACUUGAAAACUCGCUGGAAACAAUUGUGUUCAAGGACAGCACCUUGCCCGAUACCUGGAGCAUGCUCAGCAGGCUGAACAUGUUGGAAAAGGUAGAGUUUCAUAACUACAAGUACUUGGCUUUGACUCGAGGCUUCAACGGACUACCACAGAGUGUGAACACAGUGUACAUUUUCGCAUCACGCAUUGGCUAUGUGGAAGACGGCUGGUUGUCAGAGCUAAAAAAUCUUAUCAUGGUUGUCAUUCAGGCUAGUCACCUGAAGAAGUUCACGAGGGCAAUGUUGCCGCGACCGGCACCCAUGCUUAAAGUAUUGGACUUGGAACGAAACCUCCUGACUUCGCUGCCGAAGGACAUUGGCGAGGACAUGCCGGUUCUGGGGUUUCUCAACAUCGCGCGGAAUAACUUAACGACGAUUGAAGAGGAGAGCGUACGUCCACUUAGAAACCGCACGUACGUGCACACGUAUGGAAAUCCGUUGCGCUGCGAUUGUAGUCUUAGAUUCAUCCUAUCUUACGUGGACUGGUGGACGAACGUUUUAUGCCAGACACCAGAGAAACAUAAGGGCCGCUACUUGCAGACACUCUCAUCUGAUGACCUUGCCUGCUGAGCUGAGGAGUCACCUCGUGGACCAGAUUGGAAAGCGCGACAAAAACAGGACAUGAACAAAUCUGUCUCGUGGCAGCACACAUCAAAUGAAUAUUUAUUCCAUAAAAUGUUCACAUGCUUAACUUGUGGGCAUUCCCCAACGGCAGGAAAUCUCCAGGUCAGAACACGCUUUUACUAUAGGUAAACCUAUACAGCGUUGGCACUACAUGCCGUGAUACGGACACGAGCAAGCAACAAUUGACAAGUUAAUGAAGAUAAUGCUGGUUGACUAAGAAUCUCACAGUUGCUAUAUGUAAUGAUCUGCAAAUUUUAUACAGAGAACAAUGAGA